AUGAACAAUGAAAAAUCUGAGGCCAAUCAGAUGGGGGUUAUGGAGAAGAAAGAAGCCCUUGAAACUUUCUUUUCUCCAUUUCUUGAAGCUGCAAAACUUGGGAUUUGCGAGAUUGUCAAUGAAAUUUUGAAUGUUGAUUUCUAUGCUUUUACCUACCGCUACAAAGAUAAUGAUCACGGUCUACUUCAUAUGGCAAUUUUACAUCGCCAAGAAAGGAUUUUCAAAAUUGUAAAAGAAAGGAAUGUGUAUCUACAUACCUGGAAAGGGGUCAGCAAAGGUAGAAAAACUGACAACCUGUUGCAUUUAGCUGGACAGUUGGCAGCUUCAAGUCAGGUCUCCGGUGCAGCAUUGCAAAUGCAGAGAGAACUACAAUGGUUCAAGGCUGUGGAAAGUUAUGUCCAUCCAUCCCUUCAAGAGCAACGAAAUAAGAAUAAUAAAACUCUCAGAGAAGUCUUUACUGAAGAGCACAAGGAAUUGGUUGAACAAGGUGAAAAAUGGAUGAAGGGAACUGCUGCGUCAUACAGUGUUGUAGCCGCAUUGAUAAUAACUAUAGUUUUUACAGCAGCUUUCGCCGUACCAGGCGACAACAACAAUGAUGGGAUACCCAAUUUCUUGCAUGACAUAGCUUUCAUCGUCUUUGUCAUAUCAGAUGUGCUUGCACUCUUUUCUUCCACAGCUUCAGUGCUUAUGUUCUUAGCAAUCCUCACUUCACGUUACUCGGAAGACGAUUUUUUGGUGUCAUUGCCAAGGAAGUUAAUAAUCGGCCUUAUCGCGCUAUUCUUUUCUAUUGCAAGUAUGAUGGCAGCAUUUGGGGCAACCCUUUACACAUUUCUCUUUCAUUCAUGGAAUUGGACUAUCGUUCCAAUUUUGCUACUCGGGUGCUUCCCAGUGACCUUAUUUGCCAUUUUGCAAUUUCCGCUCUUGGUUGAAAUUUUCUUUUCCACUUAUAGACCAAGCAUUCCCACAACCCCAAAUGAAUAA